AUGAUGUUAAACCAACAUUUGAUCGGCCCUUCGACUUCGUUGAGCUCCAAUAGUGCCUUGCAAUCCGCCGGCCUAAACGACGGUUUUUUUUUGAUUUUAAAAAAGAAAAAUGUUGAUUUUGUUGAAGGCCUGUUGUCAUCCCAAAAAGAGGAUCUGAAAACUCAGUUCACGACCCGGGAAGGCACUUACCGGAUAAUGACACUGGCUGAAUAUUCGCGGCCAAAUCGACCACAGGGGGUUAAUUUUUGAAUUUUGUUUUUUUUUGUUUUUUAAAAAUGAGCGAAAUGUGCGGAAAAAAGUUUUUCUUCUGAAAAUAUAGAAUUAUUACAAUUUUGAUAUGUUUUUUUGUCAAUUUUUUUGAACGCGGUUUUCAUACAUUUUUAAUUUUUUUCAUAGUCUUUUUUUGAAAAUGGAAUUUUUUUAAUGUUAAUAAACCGGAAACGAACUAAUUUAGUUAAAAAUUUUUGCCAUUUUUUUAAAAAAAGUUUCGUUCAACAUCGUACACUAAUUUUUCAAUAUAAUGUAUUAAUCACUUGUUUUUUUACUUGAAUAAUUGAAGAUUUAAAUAUUUAUUUCACUCAGUGUAGAAUAGGAUACAUUAGAAGACCAUUUUUUUUUGACAAUCUCUAUUUUUGGCCUUUAUUUUUCCAAAUAUAUUCGUUUAUUCUAAUUUUUCCUGAUUUUUUUGUUAUAUAUAUUCUUUUUUUUUCAGUUACAAGGUGCAACCGCAGCAACUGGAGCCACCGGAGCCGCUACCACGACUACAGGAGGGGCUCCGGUCCGAGUUUCCUUCCUCACAUUAUCCGGAUUCAUGCCACCUGAGGUUGCCGAAUCGUCCAAUAGAAAUUCGGUAGGUUUUCGGACUAUUUUAGGGCGUAAUUUUUGAGAGUUUUUCACACCAUUUUUUCACAUUUACGGGCUAAAAAUCUGGUUUUUUAUCUCAAUUUUUAAGUUUUCAAUCGAAAAUCUAGUGAUAAAAGGUUGUAAAUCUGACUUUUUGCCCUUGAAAUCUUCAAAAAAACUAGAUUUUUUUCCGUUUUUUUAUAUGCUUUUUUUGAGGUUCAAGAGCUCGAAAAUGUCCUUUUUCUGAGAAUUUUUUUAGUUAAUUUUUAUUUUUUUAUACAUUCUGGGAAAGGAUUUCAGUUGAACAUACGAUAUUUCAGAACUACGCCGAGCACGAAGAUUUAUAUUCGGACAAAAUUUGCUUCAAUGUCGGCCGGGAACUAUACGUCUAUCAUUACCGGUUCGUUACAAAAAGUUGAAAUUUUUUUGGUUUUUACGGAAAUUUUUGUAGAAUUCGAGUAUUUUUCUUAAGGAAAACGGAUUAUUUUUUUGUGAAAUUUGAUAUUUUUUUCGGAAUUCAGGGAAUAUUAUUGAAUUUUUUUGCGUUUGAAAAUGAAAUUCUUUCGAUUUUUUUACAGGAUUAUUGUAAAAUUUGUGACAUUUUUUUGUGAUUUUUCGAUGGGUUUAUACAAAAAAAUCGUGGACAUUCUUAAGGAAAAAUUGAUCAUUUUUUUGAUUUCUCGCUUAUUUUUUUCAAUACAUAAGAAAAAAAUAAUUAAUUUUUUUCGUUUAAAAUAGAAAUUUUUUUCGAUUUUUUUCACAGUGUGAUAUUCGUAAAUAUUCUUAAGGAAAAUGAAUUUCAAGUGGUUUAUUGAAAAUUAAAAAAAGUUAUCAGAUUUUUUUAGCGUUUCAUAUUGCUUCCAAUCCGUAAAAAUAGCUUCUUAUCGUUUUUUUCCUAUCAAUUUUUCAAGUUUUAGGAUUUUUUUCUUCUAAUUUUUCAGGCUUAAAACUGUUAUAAAUCAUAUAGUAUGAUUCUAGGUAUUCUUGAAAAUUGGAAAAAAAGCUUAAAAAUUUUUUUAUUUUUUUAGUUGUUAGAAGGGGCUUUUUUUCAAGUUUUUCGAAGGUUCGAUUUUUUUGUAGCUUCCCCUGAAAACCUCAUUAUUAUGUAAUUUUUUUCAUGGAAAAAAAUAUUUUUUUGUGAAUAUCCAUAAAAAAAUAAAGAAAUUAUUCAGCGGAACCCACACGGCGGCGGAUUUGAGCCGUCCGAUCGAUAAACGGGUCUACAAGGGAACGUAUCCAACAACUCACUGUUUCAACCAGGAAUCCGCCAAAGUCGACAGCGCCGCGUUCGUUUUUCUUACGGUUGAUUUUUGGAAGGAAAAAUUGUCAAAAUUUUUGGAAAAUAUUAGGGAAAAAAAGGGAAUUUUUAAGAAAAUUUCAGGUUGACAUCGGAAAAAAAUUGUUCUAGAAAAUUUCAGUUUUUUUCAAGAUUUUUGUUUCAAAAAUUUUCUGGUUUUUCAACGUUUUUUUCAAAAAGUUUUUUUAAAGACCUUUAAACAUUGGAGAAAAGAAAAUUCGAAUUUCGCUGGAAAUCGGAAAAUUUGGUAUCAAAAAAACGGGAAUUUUUUUCAUGAUUUUUUUGUCGAAAAUAUUUGAUUUUUUUCACUUUGUAAAAGUUUAUUUGAAAAUUGGCUUUUUUUCAUUUUUUUAAGAGAAAAUUGUCAAAAAAAUUCAAAAAAAUAUUGAGAAAAGAUGAUAUUUUUUUGAGGAAACUUUGGUUAAAACUGGGAAAAAUUGUUUUUGGUUUUUUUACGAUUUUCCUUCAGAAAAUUUGUUUGUUUAAUUUUUUUCUCUGGUAAAUUUUUUUGACAUUCCUGAAAAAAAUGACGAUUUCCAUGACUUUUUUUCUUCGAAAAUGUACGAUUUUAUGCGGACUUUUUUUGCGGUAAAAAAACCUCGAUUUUUCCUGAUUUUUUUAUAUUCUUAAUAUACUUUUUUUCUCUUUUUCCAGAUUAAUAAUCGGUUUUUUUCGACGGGACAGUUACAGAUGAUCGACCCAUUGAACAAGGAAUAUCAGGUACCUUUUUUUGAUUGAUUUAUUUGAAAAAAAGUAUGGAGUUUUUCUAGGCCAGCCGAUUAUACAAUGAAGAUCGAUUCAUCGACAAAACGGCCGUGACUUGUUUGAGAUGGGUUCCUGGUUGGUUUUGGGCUUUUUUUAAAUGAAAUUUUUAAAAAAAUUAUAAAAAAAGGCAUGAAAAUGCUUUUUAUAGGUUUUUCAAGUUUUUUUAGGGAUUUUUAGCUGUUUUUUUCCCAUGAAAAAAAUGCUUCCAGAAUGUGUGAAUUUGAGCACAAAUGCUUUUUUCUUUUUUUUGUUUUAAAUUUGAUUUUUAUUACAUAAAGGCGAACUUUCACUUUUUAGCCCCUAUAGGGACCACUUGAUCUGUAGUCUUCUAGGAUGCAUUAUUUUGUCCACUUUAGGGGCUUUUUUUCCCGUCGAAAAAUAUUUUUAUGCGAUUCAAAAUUGAAGUUUCACGAUUUCAAGCUGAUUUUCUAGAUUUCUUCGGCUUUUUUUAGAGCUUCAAACUUGAAAAAUAGCGAUUUAUUUCAAAUUGAAGCUUUUUUUCUGAUUAUCCAAUUUUCAAGGUCAAAAUCUCCUUAAAAAAAUAUGGGUCCUUUUUUUAUUAAAAUAUUCAAAGCGAACAUUUCCCAAUUUUUUUAAGCUCGAUCUGACUUUUUUUAUUGGCUCUCUGCUCUGAAAAACUAAGAAUAUAUUCUGCUUUAAAACUUGAAUUUUUGAAAUUUUUAAUGUCCAAAUGGCCUUUUUCUUGGCUUCCUACUCGAAAAAAAGAGCAGUUCGAUUCAUUUUGAAACCGAAAAUUUCCAUUUUUUCGAGGUCAAUUUCGGCUCUUCUUGACGUUUUUAUUUUUAAAAAUAAGUGUUUAAUUUCAUUUAAAAUUUGAAUUUUUUUCAAUUUUUCAAGGUCAAGCGUACCGUUUUUUGACUUUCUACUCAAAAAGUGGCCAUUUACUUUAUUUCAAAACCAAAAUUUUCCAGUUUGUAAGGCCAUUUUGCCCCAAUUUUUGGCUUCAAACUCGAAAAAUAGCAAUUCUUAAGCAUUUUAUGGGAAUUAACCUUAAUUUUCAAGGUAAACUUGCCCUUUUCCGACGUUCUACUCGAAAAAAAAUAGGAAUUGUUUCAUUUUGAAGUCUUAAACAAAGGAUCAUCACUAUUAAGGUCAACCUCGCCAAUUCCUGGCCUCGUACUCCUCGGGCAACAUCUACGUGUUUUCCGAAGAGCUGCUCUGUCCGCCCUCCCAACCCGUUUAUCAGACCUUCAAGCAGGUUUGUGGGAUAUUUACAAGGGCUUUUCCCGUAUCAAUCGUAGACUUUGACUCUGAUAAGGAAGUUUGAUAUGACCGAAUGUGUUUUGAUAAUUUUUGAUGUUGAGCCGGGAACAUUAGGGGACCUAACUUGUUUCAAAAAAGCGGUUCUAAACGGAAAAAAUGAACCCAAAAAGGCUUCGGAACAGCUGAUUUUUCGUUUUUCAGUAAUUUUUUGGUCUUUGGAGCAAGUUUUUUCUGGCAUUUUCAAUGAAAAAUGGAGUUGAGAACAAAAAAAAGUUCAUUUUCUAUCUGAAAUACUUUUGAAACAGGGAAUAUUGCGUUUGAAGCUAGUUCUUGGCCUUUGGUUCGCUUUCUUUUUUUAGGUUUUUUUGACAUUUGUAACGGAAAGGUGAAGCUUGAAUUUAGAAAUUACUUCGAAGUAAUAGACUUAAAACCCAAAAAAAAGUUGAUUUUUCUGUUUAAAAUAAUUUUGAAACAGUGAAUUUUGCGUCAAGAGCUAGUUUUUGACCUUUGAAACAAGAUAUUUUUAAAAUCCUCGCAGGGGUGUUUAAAGGAGCAUGGGGAAUAAUCAUAAAAGGUCUCGAAGCGAAAAGCCAUUUCAAAGGCUAUUUUGAAUUAGGCAACAUCUCUAAAACAUAUACUCUUUUGAAAAAAGUUUUUUCGAAAAUUCCGCUUUUUAAAGGGGAAUGGGGGAUAAGCAUGAAGGUCUCGAAGCGAAGAGCCAUUUUUUGUGUAAUUUUUAAACUAGGCAGAAUCUUUCAAAGGCUCUGUCUAAUUUUUAAAGAUUUGGAAUUCUUACAGAGGUAUGAGGAAAUUUUAAAAUGAAUCUUGUUCUAGAUUUUUAUUUUUCAAGUUUUUAGCAUUCUAAAAAACAUCUUUUUCAGUUGAAAGUUUAUAUUUUCCAUUGAGGAAAAAUUAAGAAGCCGUUUUUGAAAAAUAUGCAUGAAAUAUUGGUUUUUAGGGCGACAAGUACACAAUCUACACUUGCAAGACGAAAACGACCAAAAAUCCGCUGUAUCGGUGGCAGGUUUAUCCAAUCUUAUAUCAUAAAAAGAAACAAUUUUAAAUUUGAAGAUUGGCGACAGGGGCGAUUCAUCAAUUCGCCUUUUCGGGUCCCGACGCGAAAUAUAUGGCUACUGUAGGACAUGUGAGUUUAUUGGGAGGAAAUUUUGGAGGGGUCCCUGUAGGGUUUUGGUUGUUUUGGGGGCCACUAUAGGGGGCAAUUAUAUUCGAAAUGAAUCCUCAGAGGGUUUUUUUUUGUUUUAGGGGCCACUAAAGGGGCGAUUUCACGACCCCUGUAGGGAUCACUUCAACGUUUCUCAGGCAAAAUUUUCAUUCGAAUAGUUUGAAAUGGAUUCUUAUAGGGACCACUAUAAGGGCCAAUUUUACGACCCCUGUAGGGACCACUCCAAAGUUUCUCGAACAAAAUUUUAAUAUAAAUAUUUUCGAAUAAACCACUAUUGGCUUUUGGUGUUCUAGGAAGCCCUAUAGGGACCGAUUUUUCCCUGUAUGAAUCACUUUUUAGUGUUCUAGGGAUCCCUAUAGGGGCCACAACAGUAAAUUUUAAUAAGGAAAAAAACAUAUUAUACCAUAGUAAAAAAAAAGAAAGAAAAUUUCAGGACGGAUACCUGAGAAUCUUCAACUACCACCAAAUGGAGCUGGUCGCCUUGAUGAAGUCGUAUUUUGGCGGGCUCUUGACCCUGAGUUGGAGUCCCGACGCGAAAUUGAUCGCCACGGGCGGAGAAGACGAUCUCCUGACGGUCUACAGCGUCGCUGAGAGACGGGUCGUUUGUCGAGGACAGGGACACAAGAGUUGGAUCAGUCAGGUGCGUUUUGGGGUGGGAAAAUGAAGGAAAUUCAUGAAAAACUGGUCUUGAGGGGGUUUUUAAAGGAGCAUGGGCAAAGUUAAUGAGGGUCUCAAGGCGAAAAUUCUAUUCCGUGAGUAUUGAGGCUCAUUUAAAUUUUCACGAGUCGAAAAUAAUUAGAGAAGAUUAGUAUGAAAAACUUUUCAGCUUGUGAACCAUAUUUUAAGAACUAAAAAACCAAUGAUUUUAUUCGAAUCGGCUGCAAAAUUUAAAGGAGCAUGGAUAAAAAUGAUAUAGGUUUCAAGGCGAAAAGUCUUUUCAGUGAGUAUUGAGGUCCAUAAAAGGUAAGAGUUGGAUCAGCCAGAUUAAUUUUGAGGCGGGAUAAUGAAGAAAAAAUGGAGGAAAUUUAUGAAAACUGGUCUUGAUUAGGUUUUUAAAGGAGCAUAGACAAAGUUCAUGAGGGUCUCAAGGCGAAAAUUCUUUUCAGUGAGUAUUGAGGUCCAUAAAAGAGUAAGAGUUGGAUCAGUCAGGUGGGUUUUAAGAGCGGGAAAUCGAAAGAGAAAAAAAAGAGAAAAAAUGUAGGGAAACUUGUCUUGGUGAAAUAUUAAAGGAGCAUGUGCAAAAUUCAUUUGGGUAUCACAACGAAGGAUUUUUUCAGUGAAUGUUGAAGACCAUGAAAAAUCAGCCAGGUGGGUUUCCGGGGUAGGAAACUGUAGAAAAGAAAUAGGAAAUUUAAGGAAAACAGGUCUUGAUGGAGUUUUUAAAGGAGCAUAGGUAAUAAUUCAUAUAGGUCCCACGACGAAGAGUCUUAUCCCUGAUUGUUUACUUCAAAAUGAUCCCAGAGAAAUUUUUUUAGAUGAUCAGCCAAGUUAUUUGAUAGUUUGUAAUAUAAAAAAAGAAAGAGAAAAAUGUAACGCGCAUUUUUUUCAGUUUAAAAAAAGGAUGAACAAAGAUUUUAUCAGUAUUUUUUUCUUUAUGUUAAAAUAAGAGUUAUUUUUUUGAUGUUAUGUGUUAUUUUGAUUAUUCUACAGGUUCAAUUCGACGCGUUUUGUUGUACAACGGAGGAAGACGCUGAACUGAAUGGUUAUGCGGCUGCGGAAGAAGCGACCGGCAUCGAGGCCGUCGGUUCGUUUUGUGUAUUGGAUGGAUAAAGUCUAAAAAAUCAGCGUUUUCACUCAAACUAUCUGUCUAUCCUUCAUUCCAAGGGCAAAUAUAGCCGAUCCACGGCUAGCAAGGGAUGGGCGUGGCCUGUCUGCGCUCUCCAUUAUUGUGGCACUAUCUUUUUCCGUCUCAGGACCCUUUUUCGAUGAUUCAAGCUAGCCGUGUAUCACUUAAAUUCUUGAGAAAAAUGAAUUCCAGAAAAUACAGUGAAAAGUGUGGUGGCCACUUAAGAGGUCCCUCAAAAGCUACUUAGAUAGGGCGCUAAAGUGGCUACUAAAAAAACCUUUUUAGAAGCCGUCAUUUUGCUUCUGAGUGGCGACUUCUAGACUUUUAUAGAUGCCACUUAGGUGGCCACUAAUUCGACUACUAUAGUGGCCACUGUAACUUUAUAACCCUUAAGGGGCCACUAAAAAUCCUCCCAGCUUUUAAAUGAUUUUUGAGCACCUGGGUAUCAAAAUGAAGUUCAUUUCAGUUCCAGAAGUGAGAGGAUUCGGAAACUCGCCGUCGACGCCUUCCAACGCGAUCCCCAACACUUCUACGGCCGACGCCAACGCCAUGACGCCAGUUAUGAGAGGUUAGUAGAAGAAAAAUCGAAGAAUCUUAUAGGCACUUUGAAACGCCUUUCGAUAAAGUAUCCCCCUGGUACGUCUUACCUACAGUGCUCCAAAUUACAGUAGGACUACAGUCUUCCAAGUUACAGUUAUAAAGUUCUACUAGCUAAAGUACCACAUUACUGCCAGUUACAGUAAUACUACAAUAAAACUACAGCCUUCCGAGAUACAGUAGUACCGUACUCUUAGCUACAGUACUACAGUGUUCCCAGCUACAGUAAUACUACAAACUUUAAAGUAGUUUUUGUCACGUUUUUUUUCACAUUUCGAAAAGGUUUCAGUUAUUUUUUCUCAGAGAAAAAUGGAGGAAAUUGAGUUUAAGCGGUUAUGGAAGGAUAAACAUAGUAAAAUAAGUAGAAAACGUGAAAUUAUUCUAGGAAUUUUAGAAAGAAAAAGAAAUCACCUGACCUUAAAGUGGUCAAAAAUGAAGUUUGACGUCGUUUUUGUCACGUUUUUGUUACGUUUUUCUGAAUUUUGAGGUUUUUCGGGGCUUUUAUGGGAGAAAAAAGAAGAAGGUAUCAGGAAAUAUGAAAUAAGGAUGAUAUAAUCAAAUAAAGGGACAUGAAAAUAAUUUUCCAGCUCACGCGAAAAGAGCGACCCCUCUAGGGGCCACUUCGACGCUUUCGCGGUGUUCUUUCGCUUCUUUUGGGACCAUCAAUGGCGCGGGGCAGGUGAGCAAAAAAAUGGCUUUUGAAAAAAUGGUUCAGUUUAUGUUUUUUGUCUAUAUUUUUAUAAGAAUAUAUUUUUCUUCCUCCUUGCCACAGAUCUGUCUGUGAGCGAAGAAUAGAAAUUUCAAGAAGAGCUAAAAUAAAAUAAGGGAAAAAGUGAAUAUUUGAAGGUGGGCGUCGGCGUUUGUUACCGGAUCGGAAGCGUCGGACACGACACCCAGCUCUGUCUUUGGGACAUCACCGAAGACAUGCUCAAGGUUUCAACAUUCUUCUAAAUACCCUUUCGAAACAAUUUUCCAUUCUCUCUGGUAUUCUUGAACUAAUUUGCUCCACCAGGAAAAAAGUUAGCUUUUUAUGGUAUUUUCUCUACCGUAACCCUGAAAGUGGGCGGAGCCUCUAAAAACAAGGUGUUAUGAAUUGAGGAGGCUAUGUAGUAUCUCUGAUAGCGAAACGAGCUCUGAAGAACCAACUUGAAUUUCUUGUGCCAAGAGAUUUCUGAAAAUCUCAGAGAACGUGUGUCAAAACCUUUUCUCCGGCAAUUUCCUCGUAUGUUUCGAUUUUUCAAAGACGAUUUCCCAUUAUGAAUGAAGUUAAAGUUUUCUUAUGUUUUCAGCCGGCCAACGUGCAAAGACACCGAAAUUCGACCAUUAUUGCACCGAUGCUUGGCUUGGAAAUUCAGGUAAAAAUGUUUUGUUUUACACUUUAACCUUAUUUUGAGAGAAAAACAGCUUUUCAACUUGAAAAAUUCGAUUUUCCAAAAAAAAAAAAAAAAAUCACUUUUAGUGGUCUCUUAUUGAAAUUUGAGUAUGAAAACUCUAGAAAAACAAGUUUUCCCGUUUUGACCCCUAUAGGGACCACUUAAGCUUUGGGAGUCAGAAUCUAAUUCCCUAUAGGGACUAUUUGAGUUUUAGCCCUCUAGGGAACACUAUUUUGCCCAAGUUAGGGGAUUUUUUCCCUCAACCCCUUUAGGGGCCACUUGUAGGAAUUGAUUUUGAAGGAGCGUUUCUUUUUGUUAUUUCAAUGUUGUUAUAAGUAUUUUCAACUUUCAAGGAACCACUCUAGGGGCCUAGCGGUUGACCCUAAAUCACUAUAGACACCACUCCAAUUUUACACCUCUAGGGAACACUAUUUCGCCCCAUUCAAAACAUUUUUUUCCACGAAACCUUCUAGAAUCCACUCUGAGGUCCCUAAAAAAGAAAUCCUUGACUUCGAAAUUUCAAAGUUUGCAGACGUCCUCGCCCGGCUCCCGACUGGACCCUCUGGCCGAAGCGUCCCCUGGAGGGGCCACUUCAGGGGUCUACGGCGUGCCCUCCACGUCAUCCGACCCGUCGCCCUCUUCCGCCCAGACGCCCCAAAAACCCGAAAAACAGAAAAAGAAGCGAUUCCAUCGACGCGGCUUCACCCUGGGACGACUUUCCGUCGGCGGGGGCUCCAAUUCGUCCAACCAGACCCUCCAGACGACCCUCAGCAAUGGAAGUGAUCGGUUUGGAGCGCAAAUGAUCCGAUUAGUGACGUCAUAUCUUCUUUAGAAGACGUGCAAACGACUCGACGGCUUCCUCGCCCCAAACAACGGUUUUGGAUGAUUCCAAAAUACUCGGGACCAAAAUUUGUCCCAGGAUCGAGGAUGUCCCGGUUAUUGGUUGGUUUUUGAGCUUGGGCGCAGUUUUGAGCGAUUUGUGAGCCUUAAAUUUUAAGUUUAAUUCUGAAAAAUUCUGCGGAAAAAUAGUCACUUUAGGGUUUUGACGUUUUAGUGGUCGAUUUAGUCGCCACUUAAAAGGCCGUAAGUUAGUGGCCUCUUUAGAAGUCUGAGGUACUACUAGGCUAUUCAUAGGGGGCGCUAAGACGCAAAUUAGUGUUUUAAGUGGCCACUUUAGUGUCCCCUCGAAGCAGUCCUUGAAGAACCUCUUAAGUGGCCACUACAGUAUUUCUAAGUUUCAAUCAACAAUGAAACAAACUUCACGUUGGCGAAGUGAUUGUAAAAAAAUUUCAGAAAAAAAUUUUUUUAUUAUUUAAAAAAAGUCUAUAAGUCAAAAAAAGAGCCCCUUUAGGGUUUUCACCUAUUAGUGACUACUUAAGCGUCAAAAAUUUAGCGGCCUUUUUUAAAGUUUUUGUGGCACCUCUGAAACUACUACAGUGGCCACUAAGACACGAAAUAGUGGCUUCUGAGGAAGUUGUUCAAGUGGCCACUUUAGUGUCCUCUCUGAGUAUUUCUCGAGAAACCACUCAAGUGGCCACUAGAGUUUUCCUCAGUUGAGCAAAAUUGUUAAAAUCUCGACCCAACGUAGCUUCUACCGUGUUCAAAGUUAUCUCCGCGAAAAUCAAAUUUACCUCUAACUCUCCAAAAUUUAGUCUCUGACUGCUCUUUUGAAUUUCGCGGAAUCACUUUCAACACGAUAUAAAAAUCAAAAUGAAAAAAAAAAUUGAUCAAGUAUCACAUUACUGUAGCAUGUGGUAUUGAAAAUAAAGAACGUCAUUUAAAAAAGUUGAUUUUUCUUUCAGAAAUUUCAGAAAAUCUGAAAAAUGUUCAUAUCUGACAGAACCGUGCUCUCUAGUAGUUUAGGUGGUCCCUAUAGGGAUUCAAGGUCGGAUCCUCGGUCCCCUCAAUCUCAAGUGGUCCCUUUAGGGACCUUCAAAUAUUCUUUCUUAAGGAUUUAAAAAAAUGCAAAAAGUUAAACUUGCUCUGUGAUAUUUCUCCGUCUAAAUAAUGCUAAUUUAUUGCGAACUAAAAACCCUAUAGGGGCCACUCUAGGGUUUUAUUUGACGAUUGUGGAAUUUUAUGAAAUUCUAGCGUCUUUUUGCUACUUUUCUUGGUCAGAAAAUUUUUUUAUCUCCUUAAUUUCGAUGAUUUUUGUUCAGAACCUCUGAUGUGUAAGAGGAUAGCCCACGAAAGACUGACGGUGCUGGAUUUCCGGAGAGAUUGCGUUGUGACGGCCUGCCAGGAAGGAUUCAUCUGCACUUGGGCCCGUCCUGGAAGGGUAAAUUGUAGUUUUGAAAAACGAAAAUUCGUAAAAGUUACUCAUUUUACAAAAAGAUAGCUAUAUUUUUCACUUUGAACCAGGCAAAACAAGGUUUUUAGAUUCGAAAGGUUGUGACAGCAAAAAAUGACUUAUAAAAUUAAAAUUAGGAAAAACCACACUAUAUGGAGCUUUUUCGCGCAUUUCGCUUUAAGACCUUUGGUUAAAUGGUAUACGGUAUUUGGGUGGAAAAGAAAAACGUGUAAGGCGGUUUUUUUAUAACUCACCAAAAACUACAGUACACCGCCCUUUUUUGCGCGUUUCGCUUCAAGACCUGUGAUACGACGCUAUUUUUCCCAGAAAGGAAAUUUAAAAUGCUGGAGCGGAAUAGGCUGUGUCGUAGGGACAAACUCAAAAAUCUGAGCUGAGGCAGAAAAAGAUUGAAUUUCUUUGAAGUUCGAUUAGAAGGAAAUUAUAAAAUUUUUAAGAAAUGAUGAAAAAUAUUGUCUUAAAAUGGCUUAAAAAACCAAAAUUUGCUUCUUUCAGAGCCCAGCGGCGCUGUUAAGACAAAGAGAGCUGCUGAACAUGAACUCGCCCGGGACCCUGAGUCCCGAGACGCGGGAACGGUCCCGAGACCGGGGCCUCUUCGACCGAGAGACGCCCGCCGCGCCCCCGCGAUCCGCCAGCGCCUACAGCGCCAACGGCCACGGCGGCUCGUCCUUCCAAGCGGGAGCCUCCAGAAACACCGAUGAAGAGGCCUCUCCAGGGGUCACCGCCUCGGUCAGCGGCUACAACUGGAGUGCCAUGUAG